GUUCCGUUCCAAAACGAGACUCCAGCAGCGCACGUGUUACAAACGUUUUCUUGUUUAUAGUCCUCCGUGAAGCGAUAAGCCGAGAGGAACAAACAUCACAACUCAUCUAUCCAUACUACUUUGAAAAUAUAAACAGCAACAGAAAUGGCAACAGAAGAAGUAAAUCCUAAAGCCUACCCCUUGGCUGAUGCAGUUUUUAAUAAAACAAUCCUGGACAUGUUACAGCAGUGUUCAAAUUACAAGCAACUCAAGAAAGGGGCCAAUGAAGCCACAAAAACUCUCAAUCGUGGAAUUGCUGAAUUCAUUGUGAUGGCAGCAGAUGCAGAGCCAUUGGAAAUUUUGCUUCAUCUUCCUCUCUUAUGUGAGGAUAAGAAUGUACCCUAUGUAUUUGUGAAGUCCAAACAAGCUCUGGGCCGAGCCUGUGGAGUAUCACGGCCAGUCAUUGCAGCCUCGGUUAUUGUCAAUGAGGGCUCCCAGAUGAAGGCUCAGAUCGACAAGGUCAAACAAAGCAUAGAGAAACUACUGAUCUAACAUUCAUCGUAUCAUCAUCAUCAUCAUCACAGCUACACGUGUAGUGCUGUCAUCAUCAUCACUUCAUAAAGAUAAUUGGAAUAUCUGAAGACAGAAAAAUCUUUAAAUGAAAACUUCUAUCAAGUUGAAUUGUAGAAUGGACAUCAUUCUUCUAAAAAAAAUAAUGUGUUUUACAAGUGUAAGAACUUUUUAAUGUAUGGGUUGAUCGCUGGCUGUUAAUUUGGAAAUCUUAUGUCAUUGACUUGCUUUGACCAGCAUAUUAUCGACUUAAAUUACUUUUUCUUUUUGUUAAGAUACAGCAAUCAUAAUUUUAUAUGUUUUUGAAUAAUAGUUAAACAUUAUAUACAUUUUGUUAUUGAUUGGAAUGUCAUUCCUGCAAUGAACCAGGUUUUAAUUCAUACCAGAUAGGUAGUAUGAAUAAAAUGUAGUUUCAUACAAA